UUAUAAAACAUAAUUAGGUUCUAUCGCCCGGCGAACUGUUUUCCUCCUGCCUGAGUAAUGACGGGGGUUGUUCGAGUUUCUUAGACGCACCGAUGCAAAUAAAUAAAAAGAUUCAUAGACAAUACGAUGACAAUACGGAUGAGUCUAGCUCGUCGAGCUUUUACAGUAGUUUCCUAUACAAGAGCAGCGAAAGUAGCUGCAAUCCCGAUCAAAAACUGACUGAAUAUUUUGAGAACAACACGAGGCAUGAAAAGAGAAGUAAAGAGCCGCCAUGGCUCGAGGGCGUCCAAUUAACACCAGAAUUGAUAUACGAGUACCAAAUACAUCCGAAGACUUUGAACGAAGUACUUAAAGCCGAUAUGGACGCGUUGAAAACAUUGAAUCAACCGCUUUUGGUGAACGAUCAACUGGGUCAACUCUACUUGGAUCUGGAAGUCGAGGGUUUCGAAACUAAACUCGUUCUCGAGGAUGGACUUACUUCGAGUGGAAGUGAUAGUGGAAGCAGCAGUGGAAGUUGGACGGCCGCUACUGGCACAGUGUCGCAGCAAAAACAAAUGAGAAGAACUGUGAAGUACGGUAAACUCGUGAUGAUUCACGAAGAAAAUGCACCAUUACCACCAGCACUACCGUUACAGACCGUAUCUUGCGAGCAGUUAUAGGAAAAGCCGAGUGACGACCAACUUGUAAUUAAACACUAUUAUCAAUUUCGAAGCGUUCGUUUGCGAUGUCGUACUUCGGAUUUGAUUCUGACGUUUCAGUUACGAGAUUGGCCGCUACUCCAAUAUCAUUUAGAUUAUGAUACUUCAUCAACGUCUUGAGGCAGGUAAAAUCUUUUGUACAUAUAUGAUAUUAACUUUUCGACCAAUCUUUCUGACGCUUUCAAUUACUGUAAAAAAGGUGUUUGAUUAUUUUCCUGCGGCAUAAUAUUACGGUGUACAUAUUAACUAGUAUUACUAACUUAAUUACUAUGCUUUUGUAUUUAGUCACCAAAGCUUACUGAUGAGAUAUUAUUAUUAUUAUCGACAAAUAAAUAAGUAACAAUUUUGGUAAUCGAUUUUUGAUAGAUUUUAACUGCCUCAAACGCGUUCUCUUAUAUUCAAGCAUAUAAGUCAAUCGAUAAGUUAAGGAAUCGAAAUCGCAUAGUUUAAACUUAAAAAGUUGAUCAUUCAAUAAGAUUUCAGUUCCUUUUUUCUUCGAAUGAAACUCGUUAUCAUUAUCAAUCAUCGAUCAUCAUUACUUUUACACAUUCAAAUGUAUCACUACAAGGUUCCUGUUAUCGGGCAGAUACUAACGUCCACGCGAUUUCUCUAGUUGAAUUAGACUCUAGCGUUUGUUUUCCUUUUUGUUCAUUCGCAAGAGCAAAUUAUGUUUCGAAAAUAGAAAAUCCGUUGGAGAGUCUAUUGCCCGCACAACGUUUUACAUCUAUAGAUUUAACACGAUUGAAAUUAUACAAUAGGAGGAGAAAGAAGACAUGGGGAGUUGAUAUAUGUAUGUAUGUAAUUUUACUAUAAGUAGGAAGAGAGUUAAGAAAUUGGGUGAAUGCAUCAAUUCUUUGACGUGUAUACAUAGUCCUUAGAUAAUCAAUAAUUUUCAUUGUCACAGUCCUCUUUAUGAGUUAUACAAUUAUAUUAAAUAGAUUUAAAUUAUUAAA